UUAUUGGAUGGGGUCUCCAAUGCUAGAAGCCUUUCUUUGUCGUCAGAUUGGAAUUAAACAUUCCACGUACCGAAAUGUGGUCCAUAUUUAAAUAUCUACACGCGGCCACGCCAAAAGGACCUUUUUUUCACCGACUUUGUUGUCUCUCUGGUGUUGCUUGCACCGAGAGAGGAGAGAGAGAAGAACCAAAUCUGUCGAAAAGCUCUUGCUCGUUAGGGUUUCUGCUCCAAUUUCCAAUUCCUCAUCUUUCUCAAUUGUCGUUCCAUUGAAGUCAUAGAGCAAUUUCUCGUUGAUUCCUUUGAUCUUUUAGAGAAUCUUGUAUAAAUCCUGUGCUUUGAUUCUUUUCUGCGUUCAUUUUCUCCUAGGUUCUGUAGGUUAUUAUGCCUUUUUGUUCGUACGGUCAAUUUGAUCUCCAAAACAGAGUUUGAGAAUCUUCUGUGGAAGAUUUCUAGCGUUUACUAUUUGAUUUCAGUAUCCUGGUUAGGAGAGUUCUAGGGUUUUAGAAAAUGCAGCAGAGGUUAAAGCAGCAAGCCCUGAUGCAGCAGGCGUUGCUUCAGCAGCAGCUCUAUCAUCCCGUGCUCGCUGCCGCGAUGCCUCAGAUGGAGCCGGUUCCAAGUGGAAAUCUGCCUCCUGGGUUUGAUUCAUCUUCAUGCCGUAGUGUGUAUGUGGGCAAUAUUCAUCCGAAUGUGACCGAGACUCUUCUUGCAGAGGUCUUCCAGAGUACUGGUCCACUUGAAGGAUGCAAGCUCAUCAGAAAAGAGAAGUCAUCGUACGGGUUUGUGGAUUACUAUGAUCGAAGGUCUGCUGCACUUGCUAUAAUGACAUUGCAUGGACGACAACUUUAUGGUCAGGCAAUUAAGGUGAACUGGGCAUAUGCCAAUGGCCAGAGGGAGGAUACUUCUGGGCACUUCAAUAUUUUUGUUGGUGAUCUGAGCCCUGAUGUCACUGAUGCAACAUUGUUUGCCUGCUUCUCAGUAUAUCCAAGUUGUUCGGAUGCAAGGGUCAUGUGGGAUAACAAAACUGGGCGAUCUAGGGGAUUUGGGUUUGUUUCUUUUCGUAAUCAGCAGGAUGCACAAAGUGCUAUAAAUGACUUGACUGGGAAAUGGCUUGGAAAUAGGCAAAUUAGAUGUAAUUGGGCAGCCAAAGGAGCUGGAUUUAAUGAAGACAAGCAGAACAGUGAUAACCAAACAACAGUAGUACUUACAAAUGGCUCUUCAGAUGGAGGUCCUGAAAAUACCAAUGAGGAGGCACCAGAAAACAAUCCAGCCUAUACAACUGUAUAUGUUGGCAACCUUGCUCAUGAGGUGACUCAAGCAGAACUUCAUCGUCAGUUCCAUGACCUUGGGGCUGGGGUUAUUGAGGAGGUGCGCAUCCAGAAGGACAAGGGGUUUGGUUUUGUAAGGUAUCACACUCAUGAAGAAGCAGCCUUGGCCAUUCGAAUGGCCAAUGGAAUGAUAGUAUGUGGAAAGUCCAUGAAGUGUUCAUGGGGUAGCAAGCCAACUCCUCCAGGGACUGUUUCGAACCCAUUGCCUCCUCCAGUUCCCCCUUUCCAGAUCCUUCAAACUGGAAUGAACCAGGGCUAUUCGGCAGCAGAGUUGUUGGCCUACCAGCGCCAACUUGCCUUGAGCCAGGCUACUGGUUCUAGCUUAACAGGCCAGGCUCUUAUGCAGAUGACUGGACGACAAGGCCUUGCUGCAGCAGCAGCAUCCAUGGGUUUGAGCGCUGGUGGAUCCCAGUCCUUGUAUGAUGGUUAUGCAAACAAUUCAUCCAGUCAGCAACUCAUGUACUAUCAUUGACAUUCCGAGUUGUGUAGUCAUCCUUGGUUUUGGAUUUUUUUUUUUCUUUCUGAUGGCAUAGGUGGAGCUUAGAUUUUCCGUUUUUAUUUUUCUGCUUUUAUUUUUCCCACUUUUCAUAUAGGGGAAUAUACCGGUGUACCCGAUGAUAUGUUGCUUUAACUACACCUUUAUUUUUCCUUUUCUUGUUUAUUUGGUUCUUUGUAAGCUUUGAACUUCCUGUGCUUCUGAAAUAUAUCUUAAUUGUCAUUACAUUUUUGCCUA